AUGGGGUACGAAGAAGUGGUAAAGGCAUAUCGCGUUUACGACAUUGAAGCGGAUCAAGUGGUGAUAUCUCGCGAUGUCACAUUCGACGAAUCAACGUUUGGUUUCUCGCCGACGCUACCACAAGAAAUUGUUGAUGACACUGCGCUGGAUAUCGAAUCGAUGAACAUCAGCGAUGAGCCUCACCCCAUGCAGUUCAAGCAAACUGGAAAACGCAAAAGCCGUUCAAACAGCCAAGAACAAGCUCUACAACGGACACUUCCUGAGCGUCGUGGAACCGGGUUAGAAGAAGCAAGUGCCCCGGAUGACUUUGAAUCGCACCAAGCGAAGCGACGGUCAAGCGCUCGAGCCAAUCUGGACGAAGAGAGAAAGGGCAGUGACGAAGAUAACGAGGAUGCUACACUUCAAGUCUUGUGGCGAGCGAGUGUCAACGCAGUCGAAGGUACUGACUUGUCUGAGCUGACAACGUUUAAAGAUGCUGUUGAUGGACCGGAUCAAGCGCGUCUCGUGGCAAAAGGGUUCAAGCAGAAAUAUGGCAUCGACUACACGGAGACGUUUUCGACGGUUGUCAAGUACGUGACGCUGCGCAUGGUAGUUGCAAUCACGAAGUACUUUGACUGGACACUGGACCUGCUGGACGUGGUGACAGCUUUGCUAUGCGGAGAGAUGAAGGAAAAGGUAUUCUGCGCGAUCCCAGAAGGGGUCGAAGUUGAUGAAGACUUUGACUGCUUCGAAUUGGAGAAGGCGAUCUACGGACUAAAACAAGCAUCGCGCGUAUGGAACGAGACUUUCCAUGAGUUCGUCUGCUCCAUUGGAUUUCAAGUAUCUCAUUUUGACCUGUGUCUUUAUCUCAAGAUUACAAGUGGCGAGUGCGUGCUUUUGUUGAAAAGACAGCGGCUGUGA